UCAUCUCCACGCGCCUCGCACCGUGCUUGGAGUAGGUGGCGCGGUUAAGUGCGUCACGAUCAUUGACAGCGUGAAGCCGUGGUGACUGCUGCUGCCAUGGUGGCUGGCGGCUGGGUGCACUAUGUCUAGACUGGGGGCCCUGGGCGGCAGCCGCGUCGGGUUGGGACUGUUACUUGGUACUGCCGCGGGCCUUGGAUUCCUGUGCGUCCUUUACAGACAACGAUGGAAACGAACGCAGCGCCAUGGCCGGAGCCACAGUCUGCCCAACUCCCUGGACUAUGCGCAGGCUUUAGAGCGCGGACGCCAGGUGACACAGUUGCGAGCUAUCCCAGGUGAGGCUGGAGAUGCUGCAGUGCUGCCCAGCUUCCCACAGGAAGGGCAGGAGAAGGUGCUGGACCGUCUGGACUUUGUGCUGACCAGCCUUACGGCACUGCGGCGGGAGGUAGAGGAGCUUCGGAGCAGCCUGCAAGGGCUGGCUGGGGAGAUUGCGGGAGAGGUCCGAUCUCACAUAGAGGAGAACCAGAGAGUGGCUCGGCGGCGCCGGCUCCCUUUUGCCAGGGAGAGGAGUGACUCCACUGGCUCCAGCUCUGUCUACUUCACUGCCUCCUCGGGGGCUGCGCUCACAGAUGCAGAGAGUGAAGGAGGGUACACAACAGCCAACGCGGAAUCUGACUAUGAACGGGACUCUGACAAGGAGAGUGAGGAUGGUGAGGACGAAGUGAGCUGUGAGACUGUGAAGAUGGGGAGAAAGGAUUCUUUGGACCUUGAUAUGGAGGGAGCUUCAAGUCCAGUGUCUGGUACCUUGGAGGAUGAUGGCUCUUCAGGCCUUGAAGAUGUGCUGCUGCUCUUGCAGCAGGCAGAUGAGCUGCACCAGGGCAGUGAGCAGAACAAGCGGGAAGGCUUCCAGCUGCUGCUUAACAAUAAGCUGGCGUAUGGAAGCAGACAAGACUUUCUGUGGCGCCUGGCCCGGGCCUACAGUGACAUGGCUGAGCUAACUGAGGAGGAGAGUGAGAAGAAGUCUUAUGCCCUAAAUGGAAAAGAAGAAGCAGAGGCUGCUCUGAAGAAAGGAGAUGAGAGUGCUGAAAGUCACCAGUGGUAUGCAGUGCUUUGUGGUCAGCUGGCUGAGCAUGAGGGCAUCACGAAGCGUAUCCAGAGUGGCUUUAGCUUCAAGAAACAUGUGGACAAAGCCAUUGAACUUCAGCCAGAAGAUCCCAAGGGUCACUUUCUUCUAGGCAGGUGGUGUUACCAGGUCUCUCACUUGAGCUGGCUGGAAAAAAAAACGGCUACAGCUAUGUUUGAAAGCCCUCUUAGUGCCACUGUGCAGGAUGCACUCGAGAGCUUCUUAAAGGUUGAAGAAUUACAGCCAGGAUUUUCAAAAGCUGGACGGGUAUAUAUUUCUAAGUGCUACAGAGAAUUAGGAAAAAACUCUGAAGCUAGAAAGUGGAUGAAGCUGGCUCAGGAGCUACCAGAUGUCACUAAUGAGGAUUCAGCUUUCCAAAAAGAUCUGGAAGAAUUGGAAGUCAUUUUAGGAAAAUAAUCACAUUUCAGUUAAUCGGGAGCUACUACUUAAAUGUGGAAAACAAAACCAAGUUGCUUCCCCGCACCCCACC